AUGAAUAAGAUAAGAUGCAGUGAUCCAGUGUCCUUCUCUUUCGCACUGGUGAAUCUGUUCUCAUGUUACCUCACGCAGCACAUCUCUCCAGAGAGCAGAUCUGUUUCAGCAGAGUCCACAUGCAAGCUGAAGGCAAAGUUCAACCUGAGCGGCUACAAGAAUGUGGAAAAGAAGAAGGUUGUAAUUGGGGGCAUGUUUCCUGUGCAUAAGCGUAUUGCAUCCAGUGAUGGAAACACUUCAAGGGUGCCUGUGUCUUCAGGAUGUGAGGGGUUUAACUUCCGAACCUUUCGCUGGACCCAAACCAUGCUGUUUGCCAUCAACGAAAUCAACAAGAGGACCGACCUCCUCCCCAACACAGACCUGGGCUACGUCAUCUACGACUCCUGCUUCACCAUCUCCAAAGCCGUGGAGGGCACCCUCACCUACCUGACAGGCCAAGAUGAGGCUGUACCCAACUACCGCUGUGGGACUGGGGCGCCUCUUGCAGCUCUAGUGGGCGCUGGGGGCUCUGAUCUUUCUAUCGCCACUGCUCGGAUACUUGGACUGUAUCACUUCCCACAGGUCAGCUAUUCUUCUUCAUGCUCUGCCCUCGAGAGUAAGUUCCAGUUCCCCACCUUCCUGAGGACCAUUCCCAAUGACAAGCACCAGUCUACAGCAAUUGCCAAGCUGGUGCUUCACUUUGGCUGGACUUGGGUCGGCACCAUAGCUGCUGAUGAUGAUUACGGCAAGUAUGGCAUCAAGGACUUCAAGGAGCAGGUGGAGGAAGCUGGUGUCUGUAUUUCCUUCUCUGAAACCCUACCCAAGGUGAGUUCCCCAGAGGAUAUUCAGCGUAUUGUUCAGACUGUAGUUGAGGCCACGGCCAAGAUCAUUGUCGUCUUCUCAUCGGAUGUGGACCUUAGUCCCCUUAUUGUUGAGUUGCUCCGUCACAAUGUGACCAACCGCACUUGGAUCGCCAGUGAGGCCUGGGUGACCUCUGCUCUCAUCAACCAGCCUGGGGUGAGCUCAGUAAUGGGUGGUACUCUGGGCUUUGGAGUAAAAAGGGCAAACAUACCAGGCCUUCAGCGUCAUCUGCUGGAUCUGGAUCCAUAUGAUGAUCAGCUCACUGAGGAAUUCUGGGAGUCGUUGUUCAACUGCACGCUGAGCUAUGGCACAGCUGUGAGGCAGUCCAAGCAGAGGGUCAAAGACGCUAACAGCACACUGUCCAUAGCAGUGAGGGGGAUCCCUGACGGACUAUGUACAGGACUGGAGUCCCUGGCACAGCUCAAUAACACCUACUCUGAUGUUGCCCAGUUACGAAUCACUUACAGUGUGUACAAAGCUGUGUACGCCGUGGCCUAUGCACUGCACAACCUGGAGCACUGCGAAGCUGGACAGGGACCGUUUAAUGGAAAAAAUGAAUGUGCAGACAUCAGUAACUUUGAGCCAUGGCAGCUGAUGUACUACCUAAAGAAUGUGCGUUUUAAAGUGCCACACACAGAAGAAGAGAUCUACUUUGAUAACGGGGAUGUAGAAGCAUUUUAUGACAUCCUUAACUGGCAGGUCAAUAGUGAAGGGGAGAUAUCCUACGUCACUGUAGGACACUACAAUGGCUCACUAGCACCUAAGGACAGGAUGACCAUAAUGAAUGAUUCCAUUUUGUGGAACAAUGAAGCUUUGGAGCCCCCUCGGUCAGUGUGCAGUGAGAACUGCCAGCCAGGCACCAGGAAGGGAAUCAGACAGGGAGAGCCAGUCUGCUGUUUUGACUGUAUCCCAUGUGCAGAUGGAGAAAUUAGCAACACAACAAAUGCUCGUGAAUGUGUCCUGUGCAGUGGGGACGACUGGUCCAACGAGGCUCAUGAUGCCUGUGUACCAAAAAUCAUAGAGUUCCUGGCCUUUGGAGAGCCACUGGGGAUCACUCUCAUCGUCAUCUCAGCUUUUGGAGCUCUGGUCACAAUUGGCGUUGGGGUGGUGUUUGCUCUGAAUAUUGGCACCCCCCUGGUGAAAGCAAAUGAUCCUCUGUUGAGUUUCUCACUGCUCUUUUCGCUGGUGGUGACCUUCCUCUGCUCCAUCGUUUUCCUGGGAGAACCUCAGGACUGGAGCUGCAUGACCAGCCAAGUAGGCCUAGCUCUAGGCUUUGCUCUCUGCCUUUCCUCUCUCAUGGGUAAGGCUGCUAUAUUGAUGCUGAGAGCUCAGGCAUUGAAAGCAGCUCGUACCAGACACAAGGCAGCUGCAAAAGCUGCCAAAGCUGCUGCUGAAGCAGCAGCAAACAAUGGAAAUCCAGACGUCAUUGUAACCAACACACUCAAUAACAAUGAUGCUAAUGCUUGUGCUAACCCAGAAGUUGACACUCUCACAUGUGCCCACCAGAGGGCAAUAGCUGCUCUGGCAACAUUAAUACAGGCUAUAGCAUGCACAGUGUGGCUCAUCAUCCUCCCUCCACAUCCAGUCAAGAACACCUCUGCGCAGAAUAUAAAGAUCAUCCUGGAAUGUGAUGAAGGCUCUGUGGUCUUCAUUUGUUGUAUCUUUGCCUAUGACAUUCUUCUGGCUCUUCUGGCCUUCAUCUUUGCCUUCAUAGCGCGCAAACUGGAGGAUCAUUUCAGUGAGGCAAAAUGUGUGACCUUUGGCAUGCUGGUCUUCUUCAUCGUUUGGAUCUCCUUUGUCCCGGCUUACCUCAGCACACGCGGAAAGUUCAUGGUUGCUGUCCAGAUUUUUGCCAUCCUGGCAUCCAGCUUUGGCCUACUGACCUGCAUCUUCCUGCCCAAGUGUUACAUUCUACUGGUUAAACCUGAACGCAACACAGAGGAGAUGAUGAGGCCCCGCGCCAAACCACGUGAUGGGACAUCAACUGGAACCUCAGCAUCACUUGCUACAACCGCUACUGAGGUUGCAUCCACUGCGAUUGAUGAUUAGAGGACCAGUAUGAAGAACUUAACUAGGCCACAAAAAUUAAGUUGUAAACAAAAAAUGUAGUUGGCAGAAAGAAAUGUUAAAAAAAAACAUUGACAUCAAUACCAUAUAUCAAUGCGUAGGAAACUUCUACCUCUUA